CACACAAGACUGGAGUGUGUGUAUCAUCCAUUUGAUUAACAAAUAUUGUACGGUUUGUUGAGCUAAUGUAAGGUGAAAAGGAAUUUAAGCAUAACCUACCCUGUCUUCAUCCAAAAUGGGGCACUGGUACACUUGAUCAUAGCCAUCAUAAAGAUCUCCUAGGGGGAAAAGUAAUUAAUACAACAUGUGACUAAAAGCAAAAUUCAAGAAUACGGCCUCAGUCACAAAAUCUCUCAAACACCCUUUUGUAGUGUCACAAGUUGUGGAAUCAAGUCUUUUUUCCUUUUACCUUCCUGAGCCAAAUCUCCUAUGUUAACAUAGGUGAGCCCAGUCCGCUGAGCAAGCUCCUUCCCCAGAGUUGUUUUUCCUACACCAGGGGUCCCUGUAGUACAGAAAGCAUAGCACUUUUAUAGGUCUGAACUAUUUUAGGAAAGAUAACUUGCUAAUUUUCUGGCAGAUGUUUUACAUUGGAAUAUAUUCAGGUUUCUUCUAACAAGUUUUAGUAGUACGACUGUACAGUGUGUGUAGUAAUACGUAUUUGCAAACAAGACAGAGGAAUAAAAUCAAACAGUCAUCGAUGUGAGGCUUUUUGUUGUUUCUUAAAACAUUAAUUUCUCUGCUAAUUUGCAGUUGAAAGUUAACAAAUCCUCCAAAUUUACAAAUUGACCACAUAUUUGCAUGUGGGUUAAUAAGUCGCUACUGUUGCCGUAUUACUUUUCAUAUAUUCUUAAAUGUGAUACUCAUUAUGGAGAUUUAAAUACCUGUUAACAGGAUGUUUGGUUGUCUCCUCGAUUUCAUAGCUUGCGAGCACCCAACACGUGUGCUAUUUACAGCAACCUGAAAUAUAGAACAUAAUACAGAAAGCGGUCUUUGGGAUAUAGUUCCAAAAUAUUUACGCUGACUAUUCGACAAACCGACCUGAAAAGAUAACACUAAUAACAGCCUUGUGGUUUUGUCUCGGAUGAAUUUAGUACCUUUAUGAUUCGCAAAUAGAAACACUGCCGUAAAUUGUCGUAUCACUGCACUUUACGUUAGCCUUCAUGCAAUUUACGACAUUUUGCGACCACCGCAAAAGGCAAGAGAAGUUUAUAAUUUUUGCUUUGCGACUGUCUUUUCCACAAGUGAAAGCGACGUGACUGAAAGUAGUUCAAUUUGGACUCGGUGGACUCAAUGUGAAGCGCUAUAAACUAAAAAUGAAAAAGAUGUCCCUUGAAGAUAACGUUGCUUCAAGCAGUACGAAAUGUUGGGUAGAUCCAUCCUUCAGUGAUUUGAAGGGAGAGCACCUAAUCGCUUCUAGGAAGAAAAGGAGUAAGGCUUUGGGUUCUCAAACUGAACCAAUGAGGCCUCGGAAGAGGAAAGGACAGACUGGCAGCUCAGUCGCUCAUACCAUGUACUCACAGAAGCACUUUGGCCACAAGGAACAAGACAAACCCUGGGUGGACAGAUACACGCCAUGCUCAAAGGUUGAUUUAGCUGUUCACAAGAAGAAGAUAGAAGAAGUGGAGAAUUGGCUAAGACUCCAUACGGACGCAUCUCAGGGUGGACUACUAUUGUUAACAGGACCUUCUGGGUGUGGAAAGACUGCUACUGUCCAAGUUUUAUCUCGGGAGUUGGGUCUAAGUAUUCAGGAGUGGACCAACCCACCGUACAUAUAUAACUACAUCAACAUUGAUUGUGACGGGAAAACAACCGGUGUAUAUAAUACCUCACAGUCAGCCCAAUUCCAAGAGUUUCUCCUAAGGGCCAACAAGUACAACUGCCUGAAAAUGGUUGGUGAUGUAACAUCUACUGGUGUGAAGCUCCUAUUGGUUGAGGAAUUCCCAAACCAGUUUUACCGGAAGCCUAGUGAGCUGCAUGACAUUCUGAGGUUAUUUGUGAAGACCAGUCGAUGUCCCCUAGUGUUCAUUGUUUCCAAUAGCGUAAAUGGAGACUCCAGUUCAAGAUUGCUUUUCCCCAGAGAAAUCCUGGAGGAGCUGGACAUCAGUACUAUCAGUUUUAAUCCAGUGGCUCCAACUACGAUGAUGAAGGUUCUUACUCGUAUUCUAACUCAUGAGAAUGGAAAGAGUGUUGGACGGUUCAGCGUCCCAGACCACACAGUAUUGGAGAUGGUGUGUUCUGGUAGUUCAGGAGACAUUCGCAGUGCUGUUAACAGCUUGCAAUUUGCCUCGGUACCAGACUAUUCACAAGAAAAGGAGAUGUUGAGGGGAACCAAUACUUUGAAAUUACAGGGUAAGGCAGUUUGCAAAGCAACAUCACGGAAUAAAUCCAAACCAACAAAGGGCAAAGAAGAAGAGCAAACCAUGGGAAUGAAGGAUACUUCUCUGUUCCUAUUCAGAGCACUGGGAAAGAUACUUCAUUGUAAAAGAGGGAGUCCUGAAAGUGUUAAAACAGCUCAAAGUGGACCUCGUUUACCAUCACACCUUUCUCAACACCACAGAGAGUCAUUACUGGUGGACCCUGAGUGGGUUAUCGAACAUUCGUACGUGUCUGGAGAGUUCUUCAACCUGUACCUUCACCAGAAUUACCUGGAUUUCUUCUCUGAGAUGGAUGAUGUCGAUAAAGCCAGCGAGUAUAUGUCUGACGCUGACCUCCUCAACUCUAAUUGGAUGAGUAAUAGUACGUUGGGGGAAUAUGCAUCCUCCGUGGCCACAAGAGGACUUCUUCACGCCAACUCUCAACAAGUAGCUGUUGGCUUCAGACCACUUCACAAACCGAACUGGUUGUUGGUCAGCAGGAAGCAUCGCGAAAACUGCCUGGCCGCUCAGUGCCUGUUUCGCCGAUUCUGCAUGACACCAGUCAGCCUUCAAACUGAGUUGCUACCAUAUCUUGCCAAACUGACCAACCCCUUUAGGAACCAAGCUGAAAUAACAUUUAUCCAAGAUGUGGGUCACAUGUCAUUGAAGAGGAUCCCUGUCAGGUUAAAACUGGAGCCCCUGACCGACCAAGAAGGCCAGCUGAAAAUUGAUUUUGAGGUUGACAUAAAGGAUGUACCAGAAGAGUCUGAAGAAUAUCAAACAGCCAGUCAACCACACCAACCAACAAUUGCUGUUGAGGAAUUGGAGGAUGACAUGACGAUCGAAGAAUAUGAUAGUGGUUAAUGCAAGUAAUACAAAUCCACUCUAGACAUACUGUGAAAUUUUGAUAUGUUUGUCAACUGUUCAAGGAAUUUAAGGACAUUAUUCAGUUCCGAGUCCUCCGUCAUCUGAUUUGAUACUUAUGAAGCGAUUUGUUACUUAUGAAGCGACCUCAUUCAAGUUCAGAUUUGUGCAUGCAUCUUCCAAUUAUUGUACUGCACGUUAUUCCGUAGUUCCCAAAGCCAACAUGUAUGACUUUUAGUUACUGAACAAAUAUCAGACACACCUGAACUAGGUUCAUGUUAUUUCAAAUUGGACUGAGUCACAAUUAUUCCCCAUUUGCAUGUUAAAGUAUUUGAUAAACUUUAGAUCCUGAUAGCCAAUUUUACUUCGUUCAGUGCUGCCAGUAAGUUAAGGUCGAACCAUAUUUUUCAUGUUUCAUCAUGAUAUAUUGUACUACUGUAGCAAGGGCUUUCAUUUAGCUAGUCAUAAGCUGUUACAAAAGCUAUCUUGCCUAAUUUUGCUUAAAUUAUAUAUGAAUAAACAUA